UGAUGAUGUCACGUUUUUUCAGCCUUAGAGGUACAUAGUGCCAAUAUUUGGUCUUCAGAUACAUUCUGUCCACGAUGCUGGCUUCUUUCAACUGUAGAGGUGGUUUCCUAGAAACAUGAUUGUUUGUUGGAUUUGAUCUCACAGCCUCGUGAGGACUUCUUUACUGAUAAUGUCAAGUUCAGGUUAUCCUCCCAACCAAGGAGCAUUCAGCACAGAACAAAGCCGUUAUCCUUCCCACUCUGUUCAGUACACCUUUCCCAGCACCCGGCACCAGCAGGAAUUUGCAGUCCCUGAUUAUCGUUCUUCUCAUCUUGAAGUCAGUCAAGCAUCACAGCUUUUGCAACAGCAGCAGCAACAGCAGCUUCGCAGACGACCUUCCUUGCUUUCAGAAUUUCACCCAGGUUCUGACAGGCCUCAAGAAAGGAGACCUGGAUAUGAACAGUUUCACCCAGGCCCGUCCCCAGUGGAUCAUGAUUCACUGGAAUCCAAGAGACCACGUUUGGAGCAGGUUUCUGACUCCCAUUUCCAGCGUGUCAGUGCCACGGUCUUACCUUUAGUGCACAUGCUACCAGAAGGGUUGAGGUCUUCUGCAGAUGCGAAGAAGGAUCCAGCAUUUGGAGGCAAACAUGAACCUCCAUCCUCUCCAAUCUCUGGGCAACCAUGUGGAGAUGAUCAAAAUGCUUCACCUUCAAAACUUUCAAAGGAAGAGUUAAUACAGAGUAUGGAUCGUGUAGAUCGAGAAAUUGCUAAAGUGGAGCAGCAGAUCCUUAAACUGAAAAAGAAGCAACAACAACUAGAAGAAGAAGCAGCUAAACCUCCUGAGCCUGAGAAGCCUGUGUCCCCUCCUCCUGUGGAACAGAAACACCGCAGUAUUGUUCAAAUUAUUUAUGAUGAGAAUCGGAAAAAAGCAGAAGAAGCUCAUAAAAUAUUUGAAGGUCUUGGCCCAAAAGUUGAACUGCCACUCUAUAACCAGCCAUCAGAUACCAAGGUGUACCACGAGAACAUCAAAACAAACCAGGUGAUGAGGAAAAAACUCAUUUUAUUUUUUAAAAGAAGAAAUCAUGCAAGAAAACAAAGGGAACAAAAAAUCUGCCAACGUUACGAUCAACUCAUGGAAGCAUGGGAGAAAAAAGUGGACAGAAUAGAAAAUAAUCCUCGGAGGAAAGCUAAAGAAAGCAAAACAAGGGAGUACUAUGAAAAGCAGUUUCCAGAAAUUCGGAAACAAAGAGAACAGCAAGAAAGAUUUCAACGAGUUGGGCAGAGGGGAGCUGGUCUUUCAGCCACUAUUGCUAGAAGUGAACAUGAGAUUUCUGAGAUUAUUGAUGGGCUCUCUGAGCAGGAGAAUAAUGAGAAACAAAUGCGGCAGCUCUCUGUGAUUCCACCUAUGAUGUUUGAUGCAGAACAAAGACGGGUCAAGUUCAUUAACAUGAAUGGGCUUAUGGAGGACCCCAUGAAGAUUUAUAAAGAUAGGCAGUUUAUGAAUGUUUGGACUGACCAUGAGAAGGAGAUCUUUAAGGACAAGUUUAUCCAGCAUCCAAAAAACUUCGGACUAAUUGCAUCCUACUUGGAAAGAAAGAGUGUUCCUGAUUGUGUUUUAUAUUACUACUUAACCAAGAAAAAUGAGAAUUAUAAAGCCCUAGUUAGAAGGAAUUAUGGAAAACGCAGAGGACGAAACCAGCAAAUUGCCCGACCAUCGCAAGAAGAAAAAGUAGAAGAAAAAGAAGACGAUAAAGCCGAAAAAACAGAAAAAAAAGAAGAGGAAAAAAAAGAUGAAGAAGAAAAAGAUGAAAAGGAGGACUCUAAAGAAAAUACUAAGGAAAAGGACAAAACAGAAGGUAUAGCAGAAGAAACUGAGGAGAGAGAGCAGGCCAUACCCCGGGGACGAAAGACUGCCAAUAGUCAGGGCCGCCGAAAGGGCCGGAUCACCAGGUCCAUGACAAAUGAAGCCGCUGCUGCUAGUGCUGCAGCUGCAGCCGCCACCGAGGAGCCCCCUCCACCUCUGCCACCGCCGCCAGAACCCAUUUCUACAGAGCCUGUAGAAACCUCUCGAUGGACAGAAGAAGAAAUGGAAGUUGCUAAAAAAGGUCUAGUAGAACAUGGUCGUAACUGGGCAGCAAUUGCCAAAAUGGUGGGAACUAAAAGUGAAGCUCAAUGUAAAAACUUCUAUUUUAACUAUAAAAGGCGACACAAUCUUGACAACCUUUUGCAGCAGCAUAAGCAGAAAACUUCCCGAAAACCUCGUGAAGAACGAGAUGUGUCUCAGUGUGAAAGUGUAGCUUCCACCGUUUCUGCUCAGGAAGAUGAAGAUAUUGAAGCCUCUAAUGAAGAAGAAAAUCCAGAAGACAGUGAAGGUGCUGAGAACAGUUCUGAUACAGAAAGUGCUCCUUCUCCUUCACCAGUUGAAGCUGUGAAGCCCAGCGAAGAUAGCACUGAACAUUUGACUUCUCGAGGAAACACUGAACCUGCAGCUGAGCACGAGUGUACCACUGAAACUGCUCCCAGUGCAUCUCCCUCAUCAGCUCCAAGUACAAAACCAGCUGAAAAUGAAAGUGUGGGGCCCCAGGCGAAUAAUAAAGUCACUGUUGAGGUAGCAGAGCCAAUGGAUAUCGAACAUCAGGAGCACAGUGCUGACGUGACUUCUGUUCUUGAUCUUCCCACGACUACCAAAGCAGACUCUGUAGAUGUUGAAAUGGGGGUACCUGAAAACAACCCAACUCAAGUUGAAGGUGAUACCAAAGAAAGGGACCUGGAGAAAGCCAGUGAGAAGACAGAGCCUGGAGAUGACGAUUUGGUGGUGGCUCAGCAGAUAAAUGUCCAAAGGCCUGAGCCUCCAUCAGACAAUGAUUCCAGUGCCACCUGCAGUGCUGAUGAAGACGUAGAUGGAGAGCCAGAGAGACAGAGAAUGUUUCCUAUGGACUCAAAGCCUUCACUGUUAAACCCCACUGGAUCUAUACUAGUCUCAUCCCCAAUGAAACCAAAUCCAAUGGACCUGCCACAGCUUCAGCAUCGAGCUGCUGUUAUCCCACCAAUGGUGUCCUGCACCCCAUGUAAUAUGCCAAUUGGAACCCAAGUGAGUGGCUAUGCCCUCUACCAGCGACACAUUAAAGCGAUGCAUGAGUCAGCACUCCUGGAAGAGCAGCGACAGAGGCAGGAACAGAUUGAUUUGGAAUGUAGAAGUUCCACAAGUCCCUGUGGCACCUCCAAGAGUCCGAAAAGAGAGUGGGAAGUCCUCCAGCCUACUCCACAUCACGUGAUAACUAAUCUCCCUGAAGGGGUUCGGCUUCCAACAACGCGACCCACUAGGCCUCCUCCUCCUCUCAUCCCGUCAUCCAAAACCACAGUGGCUUCAGAAAAACCAUCUUUUAUACUGGGAGGCUCCAUCUCACAGGGAACACCUGGCACUUAUUUGACUUCUCAUAAUCAGGCUUCCUACCCUCAAGAAACCACUAAGCCCUCAGUGGGCUCUAUCUCUCUUGGACUACCACGGCAACAGGAAUCUGCCAAAGCAGCUACUGUGCCCUAUAUCAAGCAGGAAGAAUUUUCUCCCCGAAGCCAAAACUCACAACCUGAGGGUUUAUUGGUCAGGGCACAACAUGAAGGAGUGGUCAGAGGUACCACAGGAGCCACUCAAGAAGGAAGUAUCACCCGGGGUACUCCAACAAGCAAAAUUUCCGUGGAAAGCAUCCCAUCACUACGGGGCUCUAUCACUCAGGGUACCCCAGCUCUGUCCCAGGCUGGCAUAUCAACUGAGGCUUUGGUGAAGGGGCCCAUUUCUAGAAUAACUGAAGAGACCAGUCCUGAGAAAGGCAGAGAGGAAGCUGCAUCCAAAGGCCAUGUUAUUUAUGAAGGCAAAAGUGGACACAUCUUAUCUUAUGAUAAUAUUAAGAACGCCCGAGAAGGGACAAGGAGUCCAAGAACAGCUCAUGAAAUCAGUUUGAAAAGAAGCUAUGAAUCAGUGGAAGGAAAUAUAAAGCAAGGGUUGUCAAUGAGGGAGUCUCCCGUGUCAGCACCAUUAGAGGGACUGAUAUGCCGAGCAUUGCCCAGGGGGAGCCCUCAUUCUGACCUCAAAGAAAGGACUGUGCUCUCUGGUUCCAUAAUGCAGGGCACACCAAGAUCAACAACUGAAAGCUUUGAAGAUGGCCUUAAAUAUCCCAAACAAAUUAAAAGGGAGAGUCCUCCCAUACGAGCAUUUGAAGGUGCCAUUACCAAAGGAAAACCAUAUGAUGGCAUUACCACCAUCAAAGAAAUGGGGCGUUCCAUUCACGAGAUUCCACGACAAGAUAUUUUAACUCAGGAAAGCCGGAAAACUCCAGAAGUGGUCCAAAGCACAAGGCCAAUAAUUGAGGGUUCCAUCUCUCAGGGUACACCAAUAAAGUUUGACAACAAUUCAGGUCAAUCUGCCAUCAAACACAAUGUCAAAUCCUUAAUCACAGGAUCUAGCAAACUAACUCGUGGAAUGCCUCCACUGGAAAUUGUGCCAGAGAACAUAAAAGUGAUAGAACGGGGAAAAUACGAGGAUGUGAAAGCGGGCGAGCAAGUGCGUUCCCGGCAUACAUCCGUGGUAAGCUCUGGCACCUCAGUUCUUAGGUCAACACUUCAUGAAGCUCCCAAAGCACAGAUGAGUCCGGGGAUUUAUGACGACUCCAGUGCACGGCGGACACCUGUGAGUUAUCAGAACACCAUGUCCAGAGGCUCACCCAUGAUGAAUAGAACUUCUGAUGUUACGCUUUCUUCUAGCAAAUCUAUCAAUCAUGAAAGAAAAUCGACACUGACCCCUACCCAGAGGGAAAGCAUUCCAGCGAAGUCUCCAGUGCCUGGGGUGGACCCCGUAGUGAGCCACAGUCCUUUUGAUCCCCAUCAUCGGGGCAGCACCACAGGAGAGGUGUAUAGGAGCCAUCUUCCCACACACCUGGAUCCAGCCAUGCCGUUUCACAGGGCUCUGGAUCCUGCUGCUGCUGCUUACCUGUUUCAGAGACAGCUUUCACCUACGCCAGGUUACCCAAGUCAGUACCAGCUUUAUGCAAUGGAGAAUACGAGACAGACAAUCCUAAAUGACUACAUCACCUCACAGCAGAUGCAAGUGAACUUGCGCCCAGAUGUGGCCAGAGGACUCUCCCCGCGAGAGCAGCAGCUGGGUCUCCCGUACCCAGCAACAAGGGGAAUCAUUGAUCUGACCAAUAUGCCUCCAGCAAUUUUAGUGCCUCACCCAGGGGGAACAAGUACUCCUCCCAUGGACAGAAUCACUUAUAUUCCUGGUACACAGAUUACGUUCCCUCCCAGGCCAUACAACUCUGCUUCUAUGUCUCCAGGACACUCAACACACCUUGCAGCCGCUGCAAGUGCUGAAAGAGAGCGGGAAAGGGAGCGGGAGAAGGAGCGGGAACGGAUCGCCGCAGCUUCCUCGGACCUCUACCUUCGGCCCAGCUCAGAACAGCCUGGCCGACCCGGCAGUCAUGGAUAUGUUCGCUCCCCGUCCCCUUCAGUGCGAGCUCAGGAGACCAUAUUGCAACAGAGACCCAGUGUUUUCCAGGGAACCAAUGGAACCAGUGUAAUUACACCUUUGGAUCCAAGUGCUCAGCUACGAAUCAUGCCACUGCCUGCGGGGGGCCCUUCGCUAAGCCAAGGCCUGCCCACCUCCCGCUACAACACUGCUGCAGAUGCCCUGGCUGCUCUUGUGGAUGCUGCAGCUUCUGCCCCCCAGAUGGAUGUUUCCAAAACAAAAGAGAGUAAGCAUGAAGCUGCCAGGUUAGAAGAAAAUUUGAGAAGCAGGUCAGCAGCAGUUAGUGAACAGCAGCAGCUAGAGCAGAAAACCCUGGAGGUGGAGAAGAGACCUGUUCAGUGUCUGUACACUUCUUCAGCCUUUCCAAGUGGCAAGCCCCAGCCUCACUCUUCAGUAGUUUAUUCUGAGGCUGGGAAAGAUAAAGGGCCUCCUCCAAAAUCCAGAUAUGAGGAAGAGCUAAGGACCCGAGGGAAGACUACCAUUACUGCAGCUAACUUCAUAGACGUGAUCAUCACCCGGCAAAUUGCCUCGGACAAGGAUGCGAGGGAACGUGGCUCUCAAAGCUCAGACUCUUCUAGUAGCUUAUCUUCUCACCGGUAUGAAACACCUGGCGAUGCUAUUGAGGUGAUAAGCCCUGCCAGCUCCCCUGCACCACCUCCAGAGAAACCACAGGCCUAUCAGCCAGAGGUUGUGAAGGCAAAUCAAGCAGAAACUGACGCCAGACAAUACGAAGGACCAUUACAUCACUAUCGACCCCAGCAGGAGUCACCGUCUCCGCAGCAGCAGCUGCCCCCCACUUCACAGGCUGAGGGGCAAGUGCCCAGGACCCACAGACUCAUCACACUUGCUGAUCACAUCUGUCAAAUUAUCACACAAGAUUUUGCUAGAAAUCAAGUUUCCUCCCAGCCUCCCCAGCAGCCUUCCACUUCAACAUUCCAAAAUUCACCAUCUGCUUUGGUGUCUACACCUGUGAGGACUAAAACAUCAAAUCAUUACAGCCCAGAAUCUCAGUCUCAGUCUAUCCACCACCAAAGACCAGGUUCAAGGGUCUCUCCAGAAAAUCUUGUGGACAAAUCCAGGGGAAGGCCUGGAAAAUCCCCAGAGAGGAGUCAUGUCUCUUCAGAGCCCUACGAACCCAUCUCCCCGCCCCAGGUUCCAGUUGUGCAUGAGAAGCAGGACAGCAUGCUGCUACUGUCUCAGCGAGGAGCGGAGCCCGCAGAGCAGAGGAAUGAUUCCCGCUCACCCGGGAGUAUAAGCUACUUGCCUUCAUUCUUCACCAAGCUUGAAAACACGUCACCCAUGGUUAAAUCAAAGAAGCAGGAGAUUUUUCGUAAGUUGAACUCCUCUGGUGGAGGUGACUCUGAUAUGGCAGCUGCUCAGCCAGGAACUGAGAUCUUUAACCUGCCAGCAGUCACUACCUCAGGCUCAAUUAGCUCUAGGGGUCAUUCUUUCGCUGAUCCUGCCAGUAAUCUUGGUCUAGAAGAUAUUAUCAGGAAGGCUCUCAUGGGAAGCUUUGAUGACAAGGUUGAGGAUCAUGGUGUUGUCAUGUCCCAGCCUGUGGGAGUGGUGCCCGGUGGUGCCAGCACCUCAGUUGUGACCAGUGGGGAGAUGCGGAGAGAAGAAGGGGACCCAUCACCUCAUUCAGGAGUUUGCAAACCAAAGCUGAUCAGCAAGUCAAACAGCAGGAAGUCCAAAUCUCCUGUCCCUGGGCAAAGCUACUUAGGAGCUGAGCGGCCCUCUUCAGUCUCCUCGGUGCAUUCAGAGGGGGAGUACCACCGGCAGACGCCAGGGUGGGCCUGGGAGGACAGGCCCUCUUCUACAGGCUCAACCCAGUUUCCUUACAACCCUCUGACUAUGCGGAUGCUCAGCAGCACGCCCCCAACCCCGAUCGCAUGCGCCGCCGCCUCUGUGAACCCAGCAGCCCCUCACCAGCAGAACCGGAUCUGGGAGCGAGAGCCGGCCCCGCUGCUCUCGGCGCAGUACGAGACGCUGUCCGACAGUGACGACUGAGCUGCACAGAGCGGGAUCUGGGUGGGACCAUGCGUGGAGGAGGGAUCUCCAGUUUUUGGUGGUUUUGUUUUUAACUGCAGGUAAAAACCUGCCUUCUCAUGACUUAUGCCCAGAGACUUUUCAGGAGAGCCUGGACCACGGAUGAGGAAGAAAUGAUGGAACUGCAGAGUCAAAUGGGGGAGAACUGCCUUUGAUACAAGCAGUUGGGUGGAUUAUAAUAAUAGUGGAAGGUUGGAAUGUAGAAUUUUUUUAAAGUGGACAAUGCUGAUUCUUACAUCUGUAAAGAAAACCAUAAUGUCUUUAAAUCACUCUUCUGUAAAUAGAUGAUCUUUUUGCAGUGUUGCCCUUCACUGUAGUACCUGGUGGACUUGUGUUGAAAUCAGAGCAUCAACUUCGGGAGUGACUUUUUAAAA